AUCACAGAUGUCUCCGUGGAGGUGGCCACAGUGGACCACACUCUGAAGAAGUUGCGCAGGAUGUAUAGGAAGACUAGACGGAAGCCCAAAGGACUCAAGAGAUUUUUGGCCUAUCUACUGAACAUCCCUCACAUCGCUAUCAUCAUCACAGCAGUGGUGUUUGUGGUGAUGGUGAUCAUAUGGUCGCUGCUCUGGGUCUUUAUAUUUCGCAGGGAAAGUUACAGUGGAGCAUAUUUUGCUGGGAUGCUCCGUGUUGCCAAUGUGGAGUUUAUCCCAGAGUACCGUCAGGCGGAGUCCCAUGAGUUUGUGUCCAUGGCAAACAAAAUACAACAUGUGGUAAGCAGUGUGUACAAGAUGUCCUCAGUGGCCAGACUCUACAGGGAAGCGGUUAUUUCAGACCUAAGUAACAACAAUAAGGGGGGUGUGUUGGUGCAUUUCUGGAUGGUGUUUAUAGUUCCCCAACUAAAGAGUGAAACAAUGUGUGAGGCAUGUAUAGAGGCUAUUCUCAGAGAUUCGGUGUACACCAGCCUGAAGAACAGAUCCUCUGUGGGCUACUUGCUGGGCCUUCCAGUCGAUAUGGACUCCAUCCUUAUCAAUGGUGUUCAGCGUUCAGAUUAUACAUCAAUUACAGCAGACUCACAGUGUGUUGAUAAGCUGUAUGCCAAUCUUCCUGGGGCCAGGGUCCCUUUAAACGUAUUCUCAUCAUGGGGUGGUGUGAAUUGCCAUGUAAAACUCACCUCUGUCCCCGGCUCUCUGAUCCGCCUGACCAUUAGCUCGUUUCUUAUUGAGCCCACUGACUGUGUUAAUGAUGCCCUCACUGUGUAUGAUGCUCUGCUGCCCAUGAGAGGGCGCAUUCUGCACAGGCUGUGUGAGUCGGUAUACAACUCUUUCUCCAUUGUCUCUACGUCCAAUGUCAUGUUGCUGUCCUUCAGAAUGACAAAUGGCAACAAGAUCUUCAAAGGCCACUUUGAGGCCAUCGCUGAGGAAAUAUGUAUGUCUCAUGUUGAGACCCAUUUAGAGCCCGAUGUAGGCAGUCAGAUUUUCAGUCCCUUCCACCCCAGCCUGCUGCCCCCAGUGUGCUCCUGUAUCUGGAAGUUUGGGACCUCAAACUCAAAUUUAGGCGUUGCACUUCAGUUUCAGAACUAUGCACUGAAACCCAAGGAGAUGAAGGGCUGUGACAGUGGCUGGUGGAGGGUUAAUGAAGUCAUUUUCUGUGGCAUGUACGUGGGACACCACACAGUGUUUCGGAUACCUAAUCAGAACCCAGAGAUGGAGUUUCGCUGCAGCUCACAAAACUCAGUUCAGCCUUUUCAGGCUUCCUACAGCAGUUACAAUAUCAGCCAACCAUGUCCAGAGAACCACUUCUUGUGCACCACAGGACUGUGUGUGGAGAAGAGUCGACUCUGCGACGGCCUGGAUGACUGCCAGGACGAGAGUGAUGAAGUCUUCUGCUCAAGGCCCACAAUGAACUGUGGGGGCAACAGUCCUCCACACCCUCUGUUUGUUUGCAAUGGAGAGACGGACUGCAGUGAUGGUGUUGAUGAGAACAACUGCACUCAGGAAACCACCUGCUCUGCAAUCAGGUAUCAGUGCAAGAGUGGAUCCUGCAUCCUGAAGAAGAAUGCAAAAUGUGAUGAUGUCCCUGACUGUCAAGACCACAGUGAUGAGGUGGACUGUGCCUGUGGUCGUCCCUCCCCACUGAAGAAGGUAGACUCGUCUAUGGGUUUUGACCGUAUUGUGGGCGGAGCCAACUCUGUGGAAGGGGAGUGGCCUUGGCAGGUCAGCCUUCAUUUUUCUGGUAGCCUGUACUGUGGUGCCUCUAUCCUGUCCUCUGAUUGGCUCAUCUCAGCUGCCCACUGCUUCAGCAAAGAAAGGCUCUCUGACCCACGUUACUGGAGCGCCCAUCUCGGCAUGCUGACACAAGGCAGUGCCAAAUAUGUGGCAGAGAUCCAACGGAUUGUGGUGCACGAGUACUACAAUUCAAACACGUUUGAUUACGAUAUUGCUCUGCUGCAACUGAAGAAGGCCUGGCCUUCCUCCCUCAGCCCUCUAGUACAACCUGUGUGCUUACCGCCCUACUCCCACACCGUCACUGACAGCCACCGCUGCGUCGUCACAGGGUGGGGAUACAGAUCUGAAGAUGAUAAGGUGUUGCCCUCCGUGCUGCAGAAAGCAGAGGUGUCCAUGAUGAGCCAGACAGAGUGUAAAAAGCGUUACGGCCCCAUCUCUCCACGUAUGCUGUGUGCCGGGGUACCAUCAGGAGAGCGGGACGCAUGCAGGGGGGAUUCAGGAGGUCCUCUGUCCUGUCAGGCGCCAGGAGGGCGUCGCUGGUUUCUGAUUGGAAUUGUCAGCUGGGGGUCCGGCUGUGGCAGACCAAACCUACCUGGAGUUUACACCAGGGUCAACAAGUUCACCUCCUGGAUCUACAGCCAUAUCAACUGA